CAAACAUGUGCCACACCCCGCACUCUGCCAGGUAGAACCAGCACCAGUUGGGCUCCAGGGUGUCCAUCUCCUCCACCUCCGGGGACUCAUCCUCGGCGCUUCUAGUGGCUAGCAUCGCGCUAAAGUCAAACAAUGGAUGCCGAAGCAACACAUCGACGACCACCACCAGGCGAGGAUGAUGGGGGGGGGGCUGGGGGAGCCUGGAGGUGAUUUGAUUUAGUCACACUGGCGUCUAUCCAGGCGAUUCAUCCUGGAAGCUGCGUCCGAACAUGACGCCGCUCGCCGCGGAACGUCGCGACUCUCACGGCGUAAGCGUGUGCCAGGCGCCCGCUGCCAUAAAAUAAUAAAAAGAAAAAUAUGGAAUUAAGCACCAAAUCUUCCGUUUUCGACGUUCACUUUCAUUUCCUGGUUGGGCUGUCACAGCGGGAAACGUCACAUGGUCACGUGCCAAUCACGUCUCGGUAAUGUUCAUAUAUUUCGCCCCGAUUUUCACCUGCACGGCUCACAUUAAGACGCACCAUUCGCAUUGUAUUAGCAUUUUGCCCUGAUUUUGUUCUUCUAGGUAUACAAGAAACGUCAGGAAAGUCUACCUUGCCAGUUCCCAGUGUCAAGUAAAACAGCAAAUAAUAUAAUCAAAUGUUCAAAAUAAGAUAAGAAGUGCUGGACUGAAUUACCUUCCGCUUAUCGUCUCUUGAUGAUGCACAAUAAACCCAUCCACGCAUUACAACCGCUCUAAUUCAUCCUCAUGUUUGGCAUGUGUUCACUUUCUUGAGUCCUCCUCCUUUUUUUUCGCCCCCAAAUAAUGCAUCCUUCAAGGACACACCCCAUUUCAGAACAAGACAUUUCCCCCUCUUAACUCCUGCCCACUCCUUCAUUUGUGGAGUCUUCCACACAGGGUCCACCGCAAAGCCCACUGACUUGAGACACCAUGACUGAAGAAACAACCGGAGGGAGUUCCACUCGACAGUCUGAUCCAAACAAAGUGGACGCCAAUGAAGGGGGUCCGAUCAGGGGGAAGUGGGCCAAUAAGUGGGAGUUUUUGCUUUCCAUGACUGGAGAGGUCAUCGGCCUCGGAAACGUGUGGCGAUUCCCUUAUUUGUGCUACAAGAACGGCGGUGGUGUCUUCCUCAUCCCGUACUUCCUGUUCCUGGCCUUCGGCGGGAUCCCCAUCUUCUUCCUGGAGACGGCGCUGGGUCAGUACACCAGCCAGAGCACCGUCACCGCCUGGAGGGCGAUUUGCCCUAUGUUUCGGGGCGUGGGGGUUGCCUCGCUCAUCAUAGUCACCUACCUGAACAUCUACUACAUCGUGGUGCUGGCCUGGGUCCUCUUCUACCUGUUCAACUCCUUCCAGAACCCGCUGCCGUGGUCCACGUGCGAAAACUGGUGGAACACCGAUAAUUGUUACGACCGCGUGAGCCCCUACGCCAACCCGCAUCUGUUCCAACCGGACGGCAACUGGUCCUUCCUCAACAACAUCAGCACCUACGACUACUUUGAAAACUUCACCGACACAUCGCUGAAUGGAUCAUUCCUGAUGGUCAAGUCCGCCGAGGAGGAAUUCUGGACCAAUCGCGUGUUGAGGAUGUCCGAGUCCAUGUCUCUUGGCAAGGUGCACUGGGAUCUGGCACUGUGCCUGCUGCUGGCCUGGGUCGUAUGCUACUUCUGCAUUUGGAAGGGGAUUAAAUCCACAGGCAAGGUGGUGUACUUUACGGCGACCUUCCCGUACCUGAUGCUCAUCGUCCUUUUCCUCCGCGGGGUGUCGCUGCCCGGUGCUGGCGAGGGCCUGAAAUUCUACCUCUUGCCCGACUUUGGCCAGCUGGGCAGGCCGGACGUUUGGUUUGACGCGGGGACUCAGGUGUUCUUCUCCUACGCCAUAUGCCAGGGAGUCCUGACCUCUCUAGGAAGCUACAACAAGUACAACAACAAUUGCUACAGGGACUGCGUGGCGCUGUGCCUUCUUAACAGCGCCACCAGCAUCUUCGCCGGCUUCGUGGUGUUCUCUGUGCUGGGCUUCAUGGCGUUUCACUUGGACGUGGCGGUGGAGGACGUCGUUACGAGCGGUCCAGGUUUAGCCUUCAUCGCCUACCCCAAAGCACUUUCAAUGCUACCCGGCGCCCCUUUUUGGACCGUGCUCUUCUUCCUCAUGAUGCUCCUCCUGGGUUUGGACACGCAGUUUGUGUGCGUGGAGAGCCUAGCAACGGCCAUCAGUGACCUGUUCCCGCGGCAUCUGAGGAGGCCCUGCGCUCGGGAGAUCCUGGUUCUGGUGAUUGCGGUGGUCUGCUUCCUGCUGGGCCUGCCCCUCGUCACGGAGGGAGGAAUCUUGCUCUUCCACCUGAUUGACAACUUCGGGCCGAGCGGGACCAGUUUGCUCAUCAUCGCCUGCUUUGAGAGCAUCGUCAUAGGCUGGGUGUAUGGCGCCGAUCGUUUCUUGGACAACAUCGAGGACAUGAUCGGGUACCGGCCGUUCCCCGUGCUCAAGUACUGCUGGUUGCUGGUCACGCCGCUGCUCUGCGUGGUCACCAUGCUGUAUGACCUGGGCAAAAGACAGUCGCUCAUGGUGUACGACUACCAAAUGGGCACGUGGGGAUUGGCCGUGGGCUCGCUGCUCAUCCUCACGCCGCUCAUCUGCAUCCCGGCGUUCAUCCUCAUCACGUUGUGCAGGAGUCCCCAGAACAUGACCACGCCGUCCAGCGAGCUGCGUCAGGCUCGGCCUCACAAUCCCACCCUGACGCUGUGCGGCCGCGUCGUCCGCGGGCCUGCCCGAGCGAGGACGGCGAGAGGAGGCGAUGAGAAGAUGGCGAUGGGGGAAGCCAGCGCCGUUUAAUUGACUAAUGACAUCAUUGGGAAUGUUUACAGUUUGUGUAGGUAUUCAGGGACCUAUGAGUAGACCGAUUCAGUUUUUUUUUUUGUAAGUACCAUUUACAUACCCCAACUCAUGUACCAAGUAUAGUCAACAUUUAAAGGUCUGCCAUUGAACAUUUUUAGGACAUGUCACUGUCCUUAAAAUUUGACAUUUGGGAAUUUUCGCAGGCGGCACGGUGAGCGACUGUUUAGGACAUCCGCCUCACAGUUCUGCGUACCGGGGUUCAAAUCCUGGCCCCGCCUGUGUGGAGGAAACCGAACCGGAGUGCCCUGGAGAAAACCCACGCAGGCACGGGGAGAACAUGCAAAUUCCAAACAGGCGGGGCCGGGAUUUGAACCCCGGUCCGCAGAACUGUGAGGCAGAUGUGCUACCCAGCCGACGAAUGCCCCAAAAUGAACAUUUGAAUGGGGUUUGACUGUAAUCUUACCCUGUGGUACUGUACGUACAGUAUGUAAGCCAGUCUGUUGUACCUGUACGCUAUAUGAUAAACAUAUAUAAGGUUUCGAACAUUUAUACAUUUCAGAAGUCCGCAAGUCACACACACACACUUCAACUAUGACAAAUCUCACCAGUGCACCACAUUCUUUUGUACAGAGUGUGAGUGUAUGUGCGUGUGUGUGUGCGUGUGAUGCCAAAAUCGGUCAUGUGUGUGUGAUGUGACGUGGCAUUCGAUGAGCGCGCGAUUCCGUUUGUCUGGUUGUCCCACAAAUGAUGGAGGACAAUUAACCCUCAUUGUCUGCUUGUACAAACGCUCGGUUGCAUGACGCACAGUGCGCGCGUGUGUACUGUACGGUCAAUUGUAUAAACUUUCUUAAAUAUUCAAAUAAAAAAGCAUGAUCAUGA